GUGCUAAUUUCGAUAUUGGUCCGUGUGAUGUAGAAAGACUGCUACCGACUUGAAUGUGUCGGGUCGGAUCGGAGAAGAAGUAUCUGGAAUAGUCUUUUCUUGUGAACCAAGAUUCGUAAGAGAAUGUUCAACAGUUUUCAUGAAGAAAAAUAGAUAUAAAUUUGAAUGAAUUCGUUUGCAGAAUCAAAAUCAAACAAUGGAAAGAGGAAGGGGAAGAUGGAAUUCAGUUUCACGUGGUAUGCUACCUCUGUUAGCGCUGCAUACAGUGACCGAAUUUUACAGGCUGGAGAGAAAACCACCGUUUACAGCAGGACUUAUUGCUGCUAAUACAAUUAUAUACUUAAGGCCAAGUUUUCUUCAUCCUAUACUCCCUACCAUCAAUGAAGUAUGGUUUAAUCCACAUCUCAUCCUUAAGUACAAGGACCUGAAACGAUUUUUCCUAUCAGCAUUCUACCAUUUGAAUGAUUCUCACCUAGUCUAUAAUAUGCUCUCACUUCUGUGGAAGGGGAUUCAGUUGGAGACAUCAAUAGGAAGUGCAGAAUUUGCAUCGACAGUUGCAGCCUUAGUUGCUAUGUCCCAGGGCAUCACGCUAUUGCUUGCAAAAGCACUUCUGCUGUUCUUUGACUAUGAGAGGCCCUACUAUCAGGAAUAUGCUGUGGGGUUUUCUGGUGUCCUCUUCGCCAUGAAAGUUAUUCUUAAUGCACAAUCAGAUGAUUAUACAUAUGUUCAUGGGCUGUUGGUACCGACUCGUUAUGCUGCCUGGGCAGAACUGAUUCUCAUACAAAUGUUUGUCCCUGGUGUCUCAUUUCUUGGUCACCUUGGUGGAAUACUUGCUGGUCUUCUGUUUUUGCGUUUAAAAGCAUCGUAUUCAGGUGCAAAUCUACUGACGACAAUCAUCAGAGGUCUUAGCCAUGCACUGAACUGGCCUUUAAGGUUUGUGAAGUGCUUAUUCCGAAGCCAACCAAGAUUUGGCGGCAGAGGAACCGUUGGGGGGAGACAGACAAGUGAUACUUCUCAAGUGUGGAGCUGCCAAGGAUGUACAUUUGAUAAUUCAGUCUGGUUAAGUGUUUGUGAGAUGUGUGGCACAAGUCAUGCUGUUGAUGGACGGUCAUCUCUUAGUUCAACAGAUGAGAUUCAAGAUCUAUCGUUGGAUGAGUUGCGGCGUCGGAGAAUUCAAAGAUAUGGUAGAUGAUAAUGGAGAUUGGCUUAAUAUCUUUCUUUGGAAAUGGUCAUAUUGAAGUAGGAUUGUAGAUCCUGAAGAUGCCAUAAAGGAUAUCUUGUAUAAUUCAAAGAAAAAGUAGUAAUUACCUUACUGUUCAGGUACAAUAGCUGUUCAUUUAAUGGACAUAACGUAUAUAAAGGUUGAAAUUAUGUACA